AUGGCUGCAAAUGAAACCUUAGUAGACCCGAAGUGGGAGGAACGGUUGAAGCCCUACUUCGUGUCUGUAGCCAAAGUAUUGAAUCCACGUCGAAAUCAUCUUCCUGCUGAACUGUUUAGUGCGAGCCUGCUUAGUGAUGACGAAGAGCAACGGUUCACUGCGUCAGACAAGUCAGAAAUGGAUGUCGCUCUAGACAUUCUACAUGUUCUUCGAAAGCAACCUGUCGGAUCGUUCGACAAAUUCUGUGAUGUACUAUUACAAGUCGAUGAUAGUGGACUACAUGAUGUAGUAAAGCUUCUCCGCCCAAACGACAAAAGCGGGAUUGGCGGUCAAAACAGUUUGCAAGCUUCACUACCUCAACCAACUCAUCGACAGCUAGGUGGUUACGGACUACGUGAAGUUCGGCAGGAAAGUUCAAACCUAACUGCUACAUCGGAACUCGACAAUCCGAGCUCUUGUACGAUGAACGACCAGUCACCUACCAUAUUUCAGCGAAACCAACUAUUCUACAACGAAGACGUCGACAUAGUUGGAUCGGGAGGGUUCGGCGUCGUUUAUCGAUGUCAACUACGAAAUUCGCCAUCAUAUUCAAGUGAAAUCGUGGCUGUGAAGGUUAUCGCUACUCCGCCCAGACUUAGACGGAAUGAAUUGGGAGAGUUCGUGCAAGAAGCGAGUAUAUUACAAUCUCUUGUGGACUGUCCUCACAUCAUUCGGUUCUUGGGGCUAUGCAUCGACCCUGGCCAUUAUGCAAUUGUCAUGGAAUACGUUGAAUAUGGAAAUCUGGAAGAAAUGUUGCUUUCUGGAGCGGACGAGCAUCCGGUGAUCAAACAGUGGGAUUGUCGUAUUCGAAUGGCAGCAGACAUCGCCAAAGGAAUGAACUACUUACACAGUCGAUCGAAACCAAUUAUUCAUCGAGAUUUGAAGACUGCAAAUGUAUUGGUGGAUCGCAACUACUGUUGUAAAAUUAUUGAUUUUGGGCUAGCAAGAGUGCGAGAAAUUUCAGAACGAACACAGAGAUACCAGGCUUGUGCUGGUACAGUGUCAUUUACUGCACCUGAAGUAUUUGAGGCAAAAGUGGAGAAGGGGAAGGAAAAGAAAGUUGACGUUUACUCAUAUGCAAUUGUUCUCUGGCAGCUGAAAGAAAUGAAACGUGUUUAUGGUUAAUAUCCCAGUGUGUUUUUGUCUGUUCAUUGUCAAUUUAUGACAGAGGGUUGUGUGUGUGUGUAGCAGCUGGUGUAAAUCAUGCCAUCAUUCGAGCUAAUGUGGUGUCUGGUAUCAGACCUUCACUGAGUAAAGAUGAUGAUUGCCUAGAAGAAUACAGAGACCUCAUUGUGCGUUGCUGGGAUGCACAGCCAGAUGUCAGGCUACAUUUUAAAGAAAUUGUGACAAUGUGUGUUGGAAUGAUCAGACAGUCACAAUGUCUGACUACCAGUGAUAAAGAAGUUAUGACAACUGCAACGUUGCCAGAAGGAUCAUUGGCUGUUCUUGACACCCAAAGUAAUAAUCUUGUAUAUGUACAUGUGUGUAAUAUACAUCAAGCU